AUGCCCGGGUCUUUUGAGAAGCUGUUCGCAGAAUCCCACGUAAAAUGCAGAGAUCGUGAAGAUGUAGAAAAGAAAUUGGAGAAGAUCUUGACAGAUGGUGUUAAUGAAUUAUUGGUGCUUUCUGAUUUUGAUUACACAUUAUCGAGAGCAUUUGAUGAGAAUGGUGAUCGAUGUUGGUCCACACUUGGUGUUUUUGAUAUUUUGGCUGAUGAAGUUCAACCCGGGUUGAGUAAAGAGAUCCUUCAAUUAUGGGAAUACUAUCACCCAAUCGAAUUUGAUCCGCACAUGAGCCUCGAUGAGAAAAUUCCGCACAUGGAAGACUGGUGGUCAAAGGCUCACGAACUCAUCUGUUCAGCUCCAUUCACCAAAAAGAUACUCGAGGGAUUUGUCGCAAAAUCGAAUGUCAGACUCAGAGAAGGAGGCGAAGAAUGGAUUCGACAUCUCGAACAUUCGGGUGUUCCCCUGGUUGUUUUCUCAGCUGGAUCGGGUGAUGUUAUUCAUAUGCAUCUAAACAACAAACUUGGAAAGAUUCCAGACAAUGUUCAUAUCAUUGCGAAUAUGAUCGAAUAUGAUGGAAAGGGUCAUCUCGAGAAGUUCAAAGAGCCACUCAUUCAUGUGUUCAACAAAAAUGCUACUGUCAUUCAAAAGAAUGGUCCAUUUUGGGAUGCUCAUUCAACACGGAAACAUUUGUUGUUAAUGGGAGACAGUUUGGGUGAUAUUCAUAUGGAUGUGGGAGAAGAUCAUCAAGGAGUGACUUUGAAGAUUGGGUUUCUUAAUAAAUAUAGUGACGAUUUGUAUAAACGAUUCCUUCAAGGCUUUGAUAUUGUUGUUUUGAAUGAUCAAACAAUGAAAAUCCCUGACAUGAUUACAAAGAUGGUGACUUCUUCAAAAAACGAGAAAGCUGCUGUU